AAUGAAAACCGAGAGUUGGCGGAAAGUAUCGAAGUGUAUUCAAGGAUAUAGCCUAUACAGAUCAAGAGCGACGGUUUGGGAAGGUGGUCUUCUGUUCGGAUAUCAAAGUGGUUUAAUGUGAAAACGAGUUAGCCAUAUCAAAUUGGUUAACGAAAACAAAAUAUGUCUUUACUCAACAUAUGUGUAGUCACUUUCGCGUUGUUGAUUGCUAACAGUGCUUCUGUGAUCAGGAUUCCCCUUCACAAGACGCGGACUGUGCGCCGCCUGAUGAGCGAUAAUGGGAUGAGUUUGGAGGAGCUCCAAGCUAUGGGCAAAUCCAUAAGGACACAGACCCAGAACCUUCACUUGACCCCGGCUACAACCCUUGCCCCCACAACCACCACCGCCGCCCCCACAACCACCACCCCCGCCCCCACAACCACCACCCCCGCCCCCACAACCACCCCAGCCCCCCUACUACCAGUGGAGAGGCUGACAAACUUCAUGGAUGCUCAGUAUUAUGGGGUGAUCAGCAUUGGGACUCCACCCCAGGACUUCACAGUGCUGUUUGACACAGGCUCCUCCAACCUGUGGGUGCCCUCCGUCCACUGCUCCUUCCUGGACGUGGCCUGCUGGCUCCACCAUCGCUACAACUCCAAGAAGUCCAGCACCUACGUCCAGAACGGAACCAAGUUCUCCAUCCAGUAUGGCCGAGGCCGCCUGUCUGGGUUCAUCAGUGGGGACACUGUUACUUUGGCUGGAAUGGAAGUUGUAGGUCAGCAGUUUGGUGAGGCGGUGAAGCAGCCUGGCAUCACGUUUGCUGUGGCACGGUUUGAUGGAAUCCUUGGCAUGGGCUACCCCACCAUAUCUGUUGCCAAGGUUACCCCGGUGUUCGACACAGCUAUGGCUGCCAAGCUGCUGCCUCAGAACAUCUUCUCCUUCUACAUCAGCAGAGACGCCUCCUCUCCUGUAGGGGGCGAGCUGAUGCUGGGGGGGUCCGACCCGCAGUACUUCAGUGGCGCGCUGCACUACGUGAACGUCACACGCAAGGCCUACUGGCAGAUCCAGAUGGCUGGUGUUGAAGUGGGGAACCAGCUGACUUUGUGCAAGGCUGGUUGCCAGGCGAUCGUUGACACGGGAACAUCCCUCAUCACAGGCCCUGUGGAGGAGAUCCGGGCGCUGCACAAAGCUAUCGGAGCGCUGCCCCUGAUCAUGGGAGAGUAUUUGAUUGACUGUAAGAAGAUCCCAACCCUGCCUGUGGUUUCCUUCAACCUGGGAGGGAAGAUGUUCAACCUGACUGGAGAGGACUACGUGAUGAAGGAGUCCCAGAUGGGGAAGUCCAUCUGCCUGUCAGGCUUCAUGGCCAUGGACAUCCCCCCCCCUGCUGGGCCCCUGUGGAUCCUGGGAGACGUGUUCAUCGGCCGCUACUACACUGUGUUUGACAGAGACCUGGACCGGGUGGGCUUCGCUCCGGCCAAGUAGAGACACUCCAAAGGCUGUCCUCCAUUUUGUUUUCAGAUCGAUUUUAAACCGAGUUGACCAGCUUCAAGAGGAAGUGGUUUUAGUGUUGAUCCAAAAGACACCAGGAAGUCGCCGUGGUAAUGAAGUUGACAGUUAGUGCAGAAUCUGUUAACUCAAAACCAAAAAGAAAAACAAGUUUGAAGGGACUUUUUGCUCAGUUUGUCUGAUUUUAAGAUUAGAUCUUUUUCCAAAUCAACAAUGCUUUGUUUUUAGAUUUGUGCUUUUUUGGGAGUAAUUUAAAAUGAGUAAAGAUGUUUUAAAUGAGAGCUUUUCUAAUCAUUGUUGGUGUGAAACCAGCUUAUGAGUGUAGAUGUGUGUUUCACUGUCAUGUUGUUUCACAGCUUUGUCACACAGGAUGGUUUAAAUGUCAAUGCUGAAUUGGCAUGUUGGAGGCUAUUGUUUUUUGAAGAAUACUGUUACAAGUUGACUUAAGCUUUCCGUUGUGCAUUUUUUGACUGAAUGCCUACAUCUAACCACUGCCCACAAUAUCCCUCAUUUACAAAAUAAACAUUUUGUGAGA